ACAGAUAGACAGCGCGUUAAAGAUGGACACGUACAAAAAAAUUACGCAUAUAAAAUUAUUCUUUUAACGGCGGCGGCUCUGCAGAAGAUGAGAUUGAAAGGUCAGUGUUUUGCUUCUCCAGGUGGCGGCAACCAAGCUAUAUAUGCUCAGCAGAAGAUGACACAAAAAAAAUAUUGCUCCGUUUAAGUGUUCAAUACAGUUUACAAGAAGAAUCUUGAAGAAGGAUAAAGGAAAGGGGAGAUGGGUUGGAGAGGGAUAUUGGGUUUUGAGUAUGGGAUAGUGCAGGCACCAUUGGGACCUGAUAUCUCCGGCCCGGAGCUUGUAGCCGCCGUUGCUAAUGCCGGCGGACUUGGUCUCCUCAGAGCCCCUGAUUGGGAGGAUCCUGAUCACAUUAGAGAACUCAUAAGAAAGACUAGAACUUUGACAGACAAACCAUUUGGGAUUGGUUUAGUUCUUGCUUUUCCUCACGAGGAGAAUCUUAAGGCUAUACUAGAUGAGAAAGUUGCUGUUUUGCAGCUUUACUGGGGUGAAUGCACCAAGGAGCUAGUUCUCGAGGCUCAUAAGGCUGGCGUCAAGGUUGUGCCCCAAGUGGGGAGCUAUGAAGAAGCAAAGAAAGUUUCCGAUGUUGGUGUAGAUGCAAUUAUUGUCCAAGGUCGGGAAGCAGGAGGACACGUUAUUGGCCAGGAUGCUGUAAUGACCCUUGUGCCAAGAGUAGUUGAUCUAGUUCAUACUCGUGGCAUACCGGUCAUAGCCGCUGGAGGUAUAGUGGAUGAGCGUGGCUAUGUUGCUGCUCUUGCACUUGGAGCUCAGGGCGUCGCACUGGGCACAAGGUUUGUUGCAACCGAGGAAAGCAAUGCGCACCCAACAUACAAGAGAAAGUUGGUUGAACUCGAUGAGACAGAGUACACCGAUAUAUUUGGUCGUGCUAGGUGGCCAGGGGCGCCACAACGCACCUUAAAAACACCGUUUUUCUUGAACUGGAGGACGCUUCCCAGUCAUGAGAACGAGGCAAACCAACCUGUCAUUGGCCAUUCAACCAUACACGCCAGGGAAAGGGAGAUUCGGCGCUUUGCAGGGCCUGUCCCAAAUGCAACAGCAACCGGUGAUAUCGAGAGCAUGGCGAUGUAUGCCGGUCAGGGCAUUGGUCUUAUUAAGGAAAUUCUGCCCACCGGUGAAGUGAUAAGCAGGCUUGUGAAAGGAGCUCAACGUUUGAUCCAUGAACAGUAUAUGAUGGAAGUGAGCAAGUAGCUAUACACCUUACAGAAGCAAAUACCUUCAUCUUUACUGGUUUAACCCUUUCUUGUGACCAUAGCAAAGGAAAUACCUUGUUUGUUUGUUUGCUUGCUUCUGUUUUUUCUUUUUUUACAAGGAGUGCAGCAACUAUCAGAAGCUAUUUCUUUGUGACUUUAGCCGACAAAGAAAAUACAUUGUUAUGUUGUCUUCAUGUAAUAAUGUCAGCUGUAAUGCCUUAAUAAAAUGUCCCAAGAAGAAUAGGGAUGAAGAAAUAACCUUCAAAGUACUCAAUGUCCCUAGAGGUGUAUUGUAAAGUAUUUCAUGAUUAAUUAAUAUGUAAUGAAGUGUUCAUGUAA